AGCUGCGCGGCGCGUGUUUACUUUGCGAGAGCAUAAAUCUACGGGCGCGCCUGGCUGUGCUUUCUCGUGUCGCAAGGGAAAAAGGCCGCGCCGGGUGUGCUCUCUCGCGCCAAACUUGUAGAGCGUGCCGCGCGACCUCUUUAACCCCGCGCCAUGGCCCGCCAUUGGCAAGCCGUCCCGCGACAACGCCGGGGGCAUUGCGGGGGUUUUCUUCGGCGAGGCGGCAAAUACCGGACCGAGCAGCUGAAGACACUCGAUCUGGGGCGACCGCUUGGCGCGUCUGGCCGCCGCCGGCGCGGAAUGGAUCUACCGGACACUCCAGGGGGCGCAGGCUGAUGAGGAGGAAACAGCGCGGGCACACAGGGCCCCGCUACCUGAACUGGAUGCGCCUCCGAGGGGGGAGCGCUGCCACCCGGGCCUUUUGCGAUGCGAAGCGGCCCGGGAAGUAGCCCGGCGCCGGGACAGAAGCGCCCGGGGCCUUUGUUUGGGCCCCUGAACUGAUUGGUGUGCUCGUGCUGCUUCAGAGUCGGAGAGCCCAACCAGGAUCACAUAAAGAAAGAGCGCAGCCGUGAAGCUUUGCCGCCGUGCGCUUCGGGCCUGGCCUGCGUGCGCCCGGACGGCAACGCGCGCGCGCAGCGCUGCGAAUGGUG